GUCAGGCUGCUCUUCUCUUUAGUGUUUGCCGUGUUCCCCUCCUCCACCGCCCGAACCGGAUCCUUCACCGACACCGCGCCGCUCCGUGUAUGGACACCGACAGAUAAUCCCUUGACUCCUGCCUGCACUCAGCUUCACUCUGCACUGAACACCGUUUCCUGCCAGCAGCCAUCUCUGAUAGACACCAUCAUGUCACAAGUCCAGAACGCACCCGCCGCCCUCUCAGGGAGCCUGCUGAGCAAGAAGCCGCACUCUCCCCUCCCUCAGUCUCUGGGGAUCCCACCCACUGCCGGCCCCCUGCCUUCUGAACAUGCAGGAAGACCACACCAGAGCUCCGCCCUGCCGCCUACGUCUGUCACCUCUGGCAAUGCUGCUGCAGUCUCUUCUAACAUGGCAAACCCCAAAGAGAAAACCCCCAUGUGUCUAGUGAAUGAAUUGGCCCGUUUCAAUAAAGUUCAGCCUGAGUACAAACUUCUGAGUGAACAAGGCCCGGCGCACUCCAAGGUGAUACGGCCAGGACGCUGGCAGGAUUACAGCCUUCUUGAGAGAGUGGGAGAAGAUCGCCCAAACCAAACCUUCACCGUACAGCUCACACUGGGAGACCAGAACUGGGAGGCCGAAGGGACGAGUAUUAAAAAAGCUCAACAUGCUGCUGCUGCCAAAGCUUUGGAGGGGACUAAAUACCCGAAACCUACUGCCCGCCCAUCCCGCAAUGAGGGAAAAAACCCAGACAGUAUAACCCCCACCGUGGAACUGAAUGCGUUGUGUAUGAAACUGGGCCGGAAACCCACCUAUAAACCCCUGGACCCUUAUACAGGAAUACGUUCCUCAUACAACUACAACAUGCGGGGCGGCGGUUAUUCCCCACGCUUCUCUCCAAGGUACUUCUACCCGUUCCCCAUGGCUCCUAUGCUGUACCAAGUCGAGCUUUGUAUAGGCGGGCAACAAUUUCCUGGUAAAGGUAGAACGCGGCAGGCCGCCAAGCACGACGCAGCUACUAAAGCUCUGAAGUUCUUACAGCACGAACCCCUACCCAGCAAACCCGAGAUGAAUGGAAAAGCAUCGGAUGAAGAAAAUCUAAACAAGUCAGAAAUAAGCCAGGUGUUUGAAAUUGCACUCAAAAGGAACUUACCUGUGAACUUUGAGGUGACCAAGGAGACGGGUCCUCCUCACAUGAAGAGCUUUGCCACAAAGGUGGCCGUUGGAGAGUUUGUCGGUGAAGGAGAAGGGAAGAGUAAAAAGAUUUCGAAGAAGAAUGCUGCCAUGGCCGUCCUUGCUGAGCUGAAGAAACUGCCUCCUCUUCCCACAGUAGAGAAAAUGAAACCACGAAUCAAAAAGAAAACCAAGUCCAUCGUGAAGCUUCCUACCAGUCCGGAGUAUGGGCAAGGCAUGAACCCCAUCAGUAGGCUAGCUCAGAUACAGCAAGCUAAGAAGGACAAAGAACCUGAAUACACCCUCAUCACUGAGCGAGGCCUACCCCGGCGCCGGGAGUUUGUCAUGCAGGUGAAGGUUGGGAACCAGACGGCGGAGGGAAUGGGCACCAACAAGAAAGUGGCCAAACGCAAAGCUGCUGAGAACAUGUUGGAGCUCCUGGGGUUUAAAGUUCCUCCAGCACCUGCCAAACCGGCCCUGAAGAAUGAUGAGAAGGCUCCGGUGAAGAAACCAGUGGACGGGCGGAAGGUGACCUUCUUCGAGCCUGGAUCUGGAGAGGAGAAUACCAAUAACAAUAAAGAAGACGAGUUUCGAAUGCCCUAUCACAGCCAUCAGCAGCUGCCAGCCGGAAUUCUACCCAUGGUCCCUGAAGUAGCACAAGCUGUAGGGGCCAACCAAGGACUUCACACCAAAGAAUUUAAUAGGGUGGCUGCAAAUCCCGCCGUGGCCACUGUAACUGCAAUGAUUGCACGAGAACUGCUGUAUGCCGGAAGCUCCCCGACAGCAGACACCAUUAUGAAGAAUAACCAUGGCCCCAACCACACGCUGCACGGUCCGCUCACCCGGCCCUCGGAACAGUUAGAGUACCUGUCCAGCGUGCAGGGAAUUGAGGUCGAAUAUAAAGACUUUCCAAAAAACAACAAAAACGAGUUUGUCUCCCUAAUAAAUUGUUCCUUCCAACCGCCACUAAUCAGCCACGGUGUGGGGAAAGAGGUGGAGUCCUGCCAUGAUAUGGCUGCUUUGAAUAUCUUGAAGCUGCUCUCUGAAAUGGACCAACAAAGUCCUGAGGUGCCGAGGACGGGGAAUGGACCAAUGUCGGUGUGUGUCAAACCCGAAAUGGAAAGUGACUCUCUCCUCAAACCAGCUAGCUCAAACACUUUGGGACAAACACUGGACAAUACAGCCUGAUGACCGCCGCAGACGGAACUCCAAAGCACCAGAGAAAAUCAAAAUGUUUUUUUGUUUUUGUUUUUGUACUUGAACCGCUGCGACGAGUCCCGUCUCCUCUUCCCACGUCUCUUUCCCGCCUGUAAUUUCAAAUGAUGAUUUUUAUAGUUUUUGUAUCGGUUCCAUCACUUUUUGAAACAUUUCAUGAAUUGAUCAUAUCCUCACAUGUAGUCAUAUAUGGAUGGAUUUUUUUCUUUUCUUUAUUUUUUUUUUAAUGAGGCAUUAGUGGCAAUGAAGUUUUUGUUUUCAAUUGUAAAAUGUGCUACCGCUAAAUGCCAGUUCUGCCAGGUAGCGAUGAACUAACCAUUGUAGGAAUAAAUAUAUAAUUUUUUUUUUAUUUUAUCAUUUAGCGAUAGACAGUGUUCAAUCAUUUGAGUGUUUACUUUUGUGUUUGUAUUAAGAAGUUUAACAUAAAGUAUGUGAAAGGUGUGCAGCCUAUAUCACUGCAUCACAGGAUAUGAUCCGACCGGCGUGCCACCAGCUCAUUUGAUUUUCUUUGUGUGCUUUAUCCCGUGGAUUUACAUCUCCAUGUUGGGCUGAAAAAAUGCCUUCGUCCGUGUAUGAGCCUUGUUGCUUUAGGUGUGUUGGUAGCGUGCCCGCGACACCUGCAGUACAUUUCGCAUAUUGUCUAUUUAAAACGCAUCAUGCGUCGCCAAGUUCAGUAUCGCUUCAGGUCAUUGUUUACCCUGGAAUUUUUUCUCCCCCAUGGAAUGUAACUAGUGUUUGUCACAAGAAAAAAAAAAUGCAAAAAAAAAUAA